UUGACUAGCGAAAUAUUUUAUUUCAGUAUAAAAACAAAGCCAACCCGUAGACCAAACAACAGUACCGAUUUAACUCAUUUUACAAACAAAUACCAAAAAUGGCUGCUAUGCGUCUACUUGCGGUGUUCAUAGUCGCGCUCGCGUUAACGUCCACCACACAUGGCUCACCGGUGAAACGCAUCAGUAGACAAAAGUCCGCACGCCAAGUGGAGGCAACAACACCCAGUGCAGUUGCAGAAAAAACGCCAUAUCCAGCAGCGGGUUUCCGUCCAAAAGUGCCUUUUGAGCUACCGAAUGAACGUCAACCGAAAGCAGUGCCAGAACCAACAACCUCAACCACUGCUGCACCAAUUGAAGAUUUUGGCUUUGUUGUGACCACAACACAAAGCGCACCCACAAGCAUUGAAUUCGACGAUGAAGAUAAUAUCGCACAUACGCCCGCUGAUACAUACGGUGCACCUGAGGUGACUGCAAAAAAAAUUGAUGCAACUGUGGAAAAUGCUGUUGAUGGUGUGUCAAAACCAGCAGAAGACUUUCAACCACCCAACAGUGAACCCGUUGAAGAUUUCGGUGGUGCACCUACUGUGGAUGCUGUUGGUGGUGAUGCCGAGCCUGUUGCUGAUGUGCCUGUCAGUGUGGAGUCCAAUAUGCCGGAAACUAAGGAUGAGUUAUCGAAUGUCGACAUUGAUUUGAAGCAGUCGCCUGCAGAAACCUAUGGACCACCUGAGCUUGAUAUUGAUAAUCGUCAAUUACCAGCCGAGACAUACGGUGCGCCAACAGAAAAAGCAGCUGAAGCAGUUGAUGAAGUCGAUGAGCAAGAAAAUGAAUUAGUACCCGCCAAUACCAAUGAUGGUCAAUUUGAGGUGCUAAGCCGCUUAAGUGAUUUAAAAAAUGGUCGUCUCAUUUUCGUGCCAGCAGAUGGCACCAAUUUGAGACAAAUUUAUUUUGCUGAGCUGGAUGUGCCACAACGCACAAAUGGACGAUUAGUUAGGAUGCUGUAG